AUGUACACAAGCCCAGUUGCACAUCAGUGUCUUCAAGAUCACCAGAGAGUAUCCAGCACUAUGAACGUCAAGAUAUCUUUGCUGUUCUUCGUCGCGGUGGCUGUAUAUGCCAAGGCCGAGUUAGAGCAACAGUACCACCCACAAGCCGUGCUACACUAUCUCGAGAUGGAAGAUAAGAAAAUGGCAGAGAAGGUUCGAAGCAUCGUAAAGCUACCAGAGGAAGACUUUGCUAGGCCAUCAUUUAGGCCCAGCGGUUUCCCAACUGGAAUACCACCAAAAGUCGUAAGUAGCACCUUUACUUGCACGAUGAAAAGUAGCAAAGCUCGAGCAAACAAUUGUUCUUACCUAUGCCUCGGCAAAUUAGAGAGAGAUUAGAUCGAGGUUUGGUCAUUUUACUGCAAACGACAAACUGCGGUUUGCGGUUAACGGUUUCACGUUACCCCGUCUGCCCAUGUUUGGAACUUAAGAUUCACAGAUGGUAGCUCGCAGUUUCCAUGUUUGUUUUCAUUCAUCCACCUACUUCUACUUUAACUGAGAAAUUGUCUUCAAAAUUAUGUUUUUUUGAAAUAGCAUUCGAUAAUCAAUAAGCAAAAGGGUUCUAAAAAGUUGAAUUUCUUCUCAAACCGUGGGAAUGUGAUGUUUUAGGAGGGUGCAAAAAACCUUGUGGUGAAUCACUUACCCCUAGACCCUUUUAUAGCCGUACAAACGUAAACCUCGAACCGCAAACGUGACUGCAAGGCCCUGAUCACGUGACUUCUCGACGUUCCCAGUUGCGGAAAAUGCCGAAAAACCUUAAUCUUAAGGUCUCUAUUAAAAGUCACUUUAACACCAAUCGCAAAAGGUGAAAAAAGGUAGUUUGAAGCCAGUUUCAUCCAUAAAAACUGUUCUGUACAGGUGUUAUUUGUUUAUUCUCUAUUCUGAGAAAUACUAUACUUGAAUCUGACGUUUGCGUUUGUCGUUAACUCUUAAUUUAGCCAUGGACUAGACGGGGGGAAAUCUUUGUACCGUGGUAAUAUGAUAUCAUUGCCGUUUGCCGUUAACCUGAUUCUUUCCGCCUCUAUUUCCUCUUUUGCUGCUACUAACACACAUUUAACAGGCGAAACAACAACACAGCGACAAAAAACAAUUUUAAUUUUUAGAGUGAAAAUCCCUUAGAAUUCAGAACACCGUGUUUGAAAAUUUUCUUUCAGAAAGUUUGCAUCAUUGCGGCUGUGAUAUGCCACAAAAGAGCUGGCGAUAACGCCUGUGCCCAUCUGAAGUGCAUAAAGAGGACUGGCUUGUGUCUGAAAGCAGCGGGCGUUGGAAUAAAAGACUUGCCUGCAAAUGUGGUAAGGUGGUUAGCCUGCGUAAUUGCAAUCGGUAUUACUGACAGCGGCUCUCUUUAUCUUUCCAAAGAGAAGCUUCAAUAUAAAAUGACAUUCAGGUGUGUGUUUAUAUAACAAAAACCAAGAAACUUUCAAAGACAAUUUGUCUUUGCUCGCUUUAUAAAUGGUCCAUGCUCACUUGCUUGACACUUUGACUGUUAAAUGUUCUAAUAUUACCCGCAAAACGGAAAAGCUUCCACCCAAAGUAGACCCAAUUGGACAGGGCGUUUAUGAUAUCCAUAUCAGAGUGUUAAAAGCUUGUGCAAAGUCGUUCAGGUACGCAGAACACUGCAAGUUGAACAUAACUUGUUUUCAGGUUCAUCCCACGUAACAUAAAGCUUUUUAUUGUUGUUUGAUUAUUAAGAUAAUUAAUAUUUUCAUUUCCAUUCCCUCCCAUUCAAGAGAAAAUGUCUGCCGAUAAUCCCGUGUUGCCUGCUGGGUAGCAAGAGCUGUGAAGAGAAGCUGUGCUGUUUUGUGAGAUUUGGAGAGUGCGCGAAAAAGCUUGGCGACCAGAAGGGCUAA